CGGCGUGAGCGAGGGAAGAAGGCGCCGGCGCAGAGGGGCGGGGGAGGCAGGGGAGGGAUGCUUGGGGAGCUGGUGGCCGGAGGGGCCGAGGGUCUCGUCCUUAUCCAAGACUCCGUCGCCAGCGAGGGCCGCACCCUCCUGAAGAGUUUCGUGGAAGCGUCGACCCAAAGGGGUGAAUCCGUUCACAUUUUCAGCUUUGAGGUCCCGGAAGAAGAAUUCAAGGCUGGAUUCAGCGCCGAAGUCACUUCCCGGAUACAGUUCCACGAUGCCUUCCGGGAUCCCCUGGGCUGGGUUGGGGAGCCGCGUGGCUUCACCCUGGGAGACUUCUCUGCCUCGGAAUUGGUGGGCCGCUUGACUCCAGGGUCUCCAGGGCCUGUCACGGUCGUGCUGGAUUCGCUGAGCUGGCUCCUUCUCCGUUUGCCGUUUGCCGGCGUCUGCCAGGUCCUUCCGCAGCUGCCCAGGAGAGCAAAGGCUGCUGGUCUGAAAAUUGCCCGGCUGGUGACCCUCGUCCAUGGGGACUUGCACCAUCUUGGACAACUAGAAACUUUGCAUGCCUUGGCUCGCGUUGUGGUGGCUCUGGAGCCGGCGCCGUGGAAUGUGUCGCAGGGGGACGAGGCUCCCCGAAUCGCCGUCACCUUGCACAGGAAGAAAGGUGGCAAGGUGCUGCGGAAGAAAGAACGCUUUACUCUUCUUCCGGGUUUCCUCCUGAAGCACCUUGGCGAGCUGCCACGGGACGGCGUUUCCGAAGGCGACCGUCCAGAAGAUGGCAAAGCUUUGCCUACGGGCGACCCAGCCGCCAACUUGACCUUUAACCUGCGCCUGUCGGAGGCUGAGCGCCGGGCCAAGGAGUCCGUCCCUCUCCCGUACCAGUUCAGUGACGAAAAGAAGUCGUCUCUGCUGCAGAUGCCGACCAGCCAGGGGAAGAUCUAUUACGAGCCGGAUGCUGCAGAUGACAUAGACGAAGAAGACCCGGACGACGACUUGGAUGUGUGAGCAAUGGGGAGUCGGCUGCGAAUGGAACGUUCUGGUGCCUUAUCGAAAGCCACCAUCUUGGAUGGCUUCUCUUGGCUUCUCCCCACUAGAACAUCCGCCUUGGACCUACCUACGAACAUAGCUGUCAACCGUCCCUUAUUUGGCGGGAAAGUCCCUUAUCCCAGCGCCGUGUCCCGCUGCUGUCCCUUAUUGAUGAUGUCCCUUAAAUUUCCCGGGUUUCAAAGGAAGCAGCUCCUCUCCCUCCCUCCCUGCCGGCCAGGGAGGAGGGAGGCUCCAGCUGUGUUGCUUGGCUGCGUUGCUCACCCAAUAAGGAGUCUAAGAACGACUGGGGGGUGGAGCUUGCAUGCCUUGUGCCAAUCAAAUCGGCCGUGUUGCCUGGGGACUCGCCUUUGCUCAGCGCUUCCCAGCGGAGAGGGGACGGUGGUUUUCCUUGCUGCAUCCCCUUUGCCGGGUUGCUGCGCUGUGGGAACCACCGCUUGAGGCUUCGUUUGGCUGCUGGCUGGGCUUUCUGCCUUUGGCUCAGAAGCUGAACAUACCUGUGCCCUGAAAAUCCCUUGUUUUGGCUGCUGAUCCCUUAUUUUCGAGGCUGCUGGUCCCUUAUUUUCAAAUCUGUAAGUUGACAGCUAUGCCUAUGAAGGGUAAAUCAUCCCUCGCCUUGGGAAUAGAUGCGCACAUCUAAUAGGAAGGAAUCUUCCCUGGAGGGGGAAGAGACACAGAAGUCCCCCGAAAAGUCCUGGAUGUUCCCGCAGGAGCUGCCACAAUCAAUCUCUUUCACAUGCUAAAUGGACACAAUCCUGACCCCAUCCUGCUAUGGGUACGCAAAGAGGAGGGGGUUAACACAGGAAGUUAUUCUAUGGAAAGAACAUGGGUUGUUUUUUUGAGGAUAAACGAAGAUUUUUAAAACCAAAUGUGGAUUGGUGAUUUAUUCUUAUUUUUUAGGGGAAAAUUGACAUAUCACACCUAUUUCACUAUUUUUCACACAAUAGUUUGUUUGGCAAAUAUUCAGUGUUGUUGUGUUUUUACAACUAAAAAUAAAUUCUGUUCUAGCGUGUUGUCAAAGUU